AUGGCCAACGCAGGCGACGAUGACCCGGAGAUUGGCUCGCUCACUAGCUAUUUGGAUCGCAAGCCCGCCCAGGCUAUCGUCUCUAAUCAACGCCAGAGGGCGAUCGACAUCAAAACUAAUGUGCUGGGUAAUCUCCCCACUUUCUCGGGUCGGAGGAAUGAGUGUCCAUAUGAAUUCCUCAACGAAUUCAGUAAGCUUUGCAGUAUUCAUAAGAGGCCCAACGAUGCAACAAAGGAGGAUUACCGACUACGCGCGAUCCCGUUUGCGCUAAAGGGAGAGGCUAACACGUGGUUGUUAAGGCUGCCGCCCGACUCAAUCAAUACGUGGAAGGAUUUCAAGUUGGAGUUCCUGGAUUACUUCUUCCCUUCUAACAAAACGAAUGCUCUUAAGAAGGAGAUCCAGGAAUGCAAGCAAGAAUAUGAUGAAUCGUUGAGUCAAUACUGGUCCAGAUUUAAGGGGCUGCUCGAUGCUUGCCCAAACCACAGGAUGAUGGAAGCCGAAACCUACUAUCUAUUCUAUGAAGGGGCAAAACCUGAGUCCAAAGACCUGAUGAAUACCGCUAGUGGAGGAAAUUUCACCAAGAGGAAGGUGGACGAGGCCCGAGAGAUAUUAGGAAGAUUAAUUGAUGCAAAAAAGGCAUACGAUUCACCUCGUACCAUCCUAAGGAGCGGAAGUGCAGAUGUAGUAACAGUGCAAAGUGAAGAAAGAAUGGAUGCCCAAGUAGAUGCAAGGAUGGAUGUUAGAAUGGAGCAGCUGGAAAAGACUAUUCUAGCCGCCCUUGGGAAAAACGACUCACCGGGUCCAACAGAAAAAGAUAAACAAGCACUGGGUCCAGAGGAUGGUUACAAUUAUUGCAGAUCUCCAGGAGGGAUGGAUUGCCCAGCCCAUAGGGAAACCAAGGGAACCAAUCCAACUGGCCUGGAAGAAAUCAAGAGGGACAGGACAACUGGAAUUAAGGAGGACAAGGGAAGCUCAUAUGUACCCCCACACCAGAGGAACAACAACUAUCAGGGACCAGGGAAUCAGUACAACAAUAACCAAGGAGGUCAAGGAAACUUUCGUCCGCAUCAAGGGGGUGGACCAAAUCAUGGUCAAGGACCAAGUGGCAGUCAACCGAACUCCAGGACCCAGAGGAAUCUGGAUGAUAUGGUCCAUGACCUAGUGAGUUCUCAGCAGCACAUGCAGAACAACUUACUGGCAAAUAAUGACGUGGUCCACAAGCUCCAGGAUGCUCAGCAGGAACACAAAGCCGCGAUGGAUCUGAUGUCAAAGCAAUUAUCUCAGAUCGCGACGUCCCUGAGCGACAUGCGAGGGAAUGAAGGGAGGAUUCCAGCCUCAGUAAAGCCACCAGAAAGGGCAAAUAUCAGCCAGGUUACCCUGAGAUCCGGGAAAGCAUAUGAAGGACCCAAGCUGAAGGUAAAUGAUGAGAAUGUCAGUGCCGAUGAGCGAGGAUGUUAUCCACCCGGUCCAACAAAAAGAAGAAGUCAGAGCAGAGGAUGA